CCGCCAGGGCCCCGCGGCUGUGCGGCUCUGGGGAAGGAGUGAAGCCUCCCGGAAGUCCGACCGCUUUGCCACCGUCACCUCGCCACAGUGGCGGUGAUGCGCGCGGCUAGCGGCUCCCGGGAGCCCGGGCCGCUAAAUCGGGCGUUGCCGAUCAGGAGGACUCUGACCCCAGAAGGACUCCGUUGUUUCUGUGAUGCUGUGUGAGGACUGACUCCCAAAACAUUGUCUGACCCCUGACCGUCAGCAUGGGGAGGAUUGGAAUCUCCUGUCUUUUUCCUGCCUCCUGGCAUUUUAGCAUCUCUCCAGUGGGGUGUCCUCGAAUUCUGAAUACCAAUUUACGCCAGAUCGUUGUUAUUAGCAUUCUGGCUGCUGCUGCUUCACUCUUAUACUUCUCUGUUGUCAUAAUCCGAAAUAAGUAUGGGCGGCUGUCCAGAGACAAGAAAUUUCAAAGGUACCUGGCACGAGUUACUGACAUUGAAGCUACAGACACCAAUAACCCCAAUGUGAACUACGGCAUUGUGGUGGACUGUGGUAGCAGCGGGUCUCGAAUAUUUGUCUAUUGCUGGCCAAGGCAUAAUGGCAACCCUCAUGACCUGUUAGAUAUCAGACAAAUGAGGGAUAGAAACCGAAAGCCAGUCGUUAUGAAAAUAAAACCUGGCAUCUCAGAAUUUGCGACCUCUCCAGAGAAAGUCAGUGAUUACAUUUCCCCGCUCUUGAACUUUGCUGCAGAGCACGUGCCACGGGCAAAACACAAAGAGACGCCUCUCUACAUCCUCUGCACAGCUGGCAUGAGGAUCCUUCCCGAAAGUCAGCAGAAAGCCAUCCUCGAAGACCUGCUGACAGACAUCCCAGUGCACUUCGACUUUCUGUUCUCAGACUCACACGCCGAAGUCAUUUCAGGAAAGCAGGAAGGUGUUUAUGCUUGGAUUGGCAUUAAUUUUGUCCUUGGACGAUUCGAGCAUAUUGAAGAUGAUGACGAGGCCAUUGUGGAAGUCAACAUUCCUGGUAGCCAAAGCAGCGAAGCCAUCCUCCGCAAGAGGACCGCCGGUAUUCUCGACAUGGGAGGCGUGUCGACUCAGAUAGCAUACGAAGUCCCCAAAACUGUAAGCUUUGCCUCCUCACAGCAGGAGGAGGUUGCUAAGAACUUGUUAGCGGAAUUUAACUUAGGGUGUGAUGUUCACCAAACGGAGCAUGUGUACCGAGUCUAUGUGGCUACCUUUCUGGGGUUUGGUGGCAAUGCCGCUCGCCAGCGAUAUGAAGACAGAUUAUUUGCCAGCACAGUUCAGAAGAACAGGCUCCUGGGGAAACAGACUGGCCUGAGUCCUGAUGCUCCAUACCUGGACCCCUGCUUGCCCCUGGACAUCAAAGAUGAAAUUCUGCAAAACGGACAGACUAUGUACCUCCGAGGAACAGGAGACUUUGACCUGUGUCGAGAGACCAUCCAGCCUUUCAUGAAUAAGACAAACGAGACACAGACGUCCCUCAAUGGUGUCUACCAGCCCCCAAUUCACUUCCAGAACAGUGAAUUCUAUGGCUUUUCUGAAUUCUACUAUUGCACUGAGGAUGUGUUACGAAUGGGGGGAGACUACAAUGCCGCCACGUUUACGAAAGCUGCAAAGGAUUAUUGUGCAACAAAAUGGUCCAUCUUGCGAGAACGCUUUGACCGAGGGUUGUACGCGUCUCACGCUGACCUCCACAGGCUAAAGUAUCAGUGCUUCAAAUCUGCCUGGAUGUUUGAGGUGUUUCAUAGGGGCUUUUCAUUCCCCACCAACUACAAAAAUUUAAAGACAGCAUUGCAAGUUUACGACAAGGAGGUUCAGUGGACCCUUGGAGCCAUCCUUUACAGAACCCGCUUUUUACCCUUGAGGGAUAUCCAGCAGGAGACCUUCCGAGCCAGCCAUGCCCACUGGCGGGGCUUCUCCUUCGUUUACAAUCACUACCUGUUCUGGGGCUGCUUCCUGGUGGUCCUGCUCGCCAUCCUCCUCUACCUGCUGCGGCUGCGGCGCAUCCACCGGCGGACUCCCCGGAACGGCUCUGCCGCGGGCCUCUGGCUGGAGGAAGGCCUUCCCCCGCAGAAGAUGGCCGGCCCCCUCUGAGCCGUGGGCCACAGAGCCCGGGGAAGACUUUCCACAGGAAAAGCCAUUUUUGCCUCAGGGGUUCUCCUCUUUAUUCUCCUCUGGUUUCAUUUUUCCUUUCCCUCUUCAGUCUUUGAAAUGAAAACAAAAUCCACUGUCUGUGAAUUUUGCUGUCAUGCAAGUAUUGCAUUUGGCCGGUUUGUAUACAGCUUUAAAUCAAGGCGUAGGAAAAAGGGAAAAUCAUUUGAGUGAUUUUUGCUGCACAAGAUAGCAACCAAAAAUUGUUAAGAUUUUUGGUCUUUCUUUAUGGUAUGUUAUAUUUUAAGCAGAUGCACUUUGAUAUUGGAGGAAAAUGGCAAAAGGGUUUCCUAUCAUUGGAGACAGGAGUGAAGAGUGAGACUUUUGCAGAACCAAAAAUCUUACUGAUGAAAUUAUCAUCCACUUUUUCUCUGUCGUGAAAGUUAUAAUCUAAAGAGGGUGAUGUUUAUUCACUUUUUAUUUAUUGUUCCAGUCUGUCACUGUUUUCUUUGCAGGCUUAAAAAUAAAAACCAUUUAUAUCCAUAACAGAGAAAUAUACAUAAAAGAAAGUAGCUAUUUUUAAAAUUGAUAGUGAAGAGACCUGAAAAAAUGUGAACUAAAGCUCUAUAUGUUGGAGGUUAAAAGGCCAGUGAAUGAGGGAAUGCAGUGUUUUGAAGAUACACACACUUAAGAAUUUAGUUUCAUUUUUUUAAAUUUCUUUUAUUAUAUUUUCUUGACCACAGGAAAUUAUUUUCCGUGGCCCAUCUUUCAGUGACCUUUGAGCACUUGGUUGUUGAGGAGCUUGAAAACUCAAAGUCUCACUGGGUUAGAUGUUAUGAGAACCAGACAGGCUAUGUUGGCAAUAACUCUAAGUCCAGACAGGGAAGGGCCUGAAUUUAAUGUAAGAAUAAAUUCAUGUUUUGAAGAAAUCAAGUUUGGCAUUUGAAACAAAAACCUAAAAGGAUCACUGGACUGGCAUAUGUGAGAUUGCUUGGUUUUCACUUGUUAAUGUAGAAGCUUGAGAAUUCUCAUACGUGGUUGUUUUCGGUGAAGUUCUUUGUGUGUGUUUGCACACGUGUGCCAUUUCUUAUUCCAGAUCAGCCUAGUCCAUCUGGUUGUUAGCUGGUCUAUCUUUUAAGAAACAUCAGUUGCUUUUUGAAAUAUCACUGACUAAAGAAAGAAUUUAUUUAAUUAGAAAAAGCUCUUAAUUAGAAAAAAGUUGGAUUUUCUCUUGUCUGUGAAUUACUUAGAAACAUAAUAUGUCCUGUAUACUUAAAAGAUUACAAACUUAUGAAAGAUGCAAAUGCUGUUACUGUGCCCUUCAAAAUUCUAGCUAAGAAAAAUUAUUGGGAAGGAAACUUUGCAGUGAAUUUGCCAGGCACAUGCCCCUCAAAUACCCCCAGAAAGUUAGAGGAACCACAUGAACCCACCUAAUGGAUACAGAAUCUUGUUUCAGAGAAGACAGGGGUCAAAGAUCCCUAUGAAAAGUACAACUUCUGAAACGUUCUUCUUUGGCUGUUUAAACCCCUGGUAAACACUGUUCUUUAUCAAAGCCCGCGCCACAAGUCGGCUGUGUCCUGGAUACCUGGGGAGCAGAGGGAGUUGCCUGCUUCUCCCUGAGCCCGUAGAUGUGACUUGCCUUGUAGACUAUGGGUGGCAUUAUUGGUGAACGGAAAUUUACAUUUCAGGUUGUUUUGCCACCAGCCUGUAAGAGUAGUGAGGGUUUAAUCUCUAGAAUGAAAAUAUUCGAAUGCCUCAAGUGGGAGUUUAUCCUUAAAAGGCAAAGCAAGGAUAACCGAGCAUAGGCCUUAAGAGUCCCUACUGUAAAUAGCCACUUUUGAAAUACAGGAUGCCAGUUAGGUCCAGUUUGGUUCUGCACUGUUUGGGGCAUAGACAAAAAUGCAGAGGACUUCUGCUUGAGCCUGACCUCAUGAUCCCUCUGCAAGGACCUACCUCACUCUCCACAAGAAAUCCCCAAAUUUAGGUCCCAAGACCCAACAACCUUACAUUUAAUAAAGCUGAGUGCCCACAUUCUCUGCAGAGCUCCUUAGAUUAGGGUGUGACACAGUUGCCCAUAAGGAAAAGCUAGGUGACCCUGAGCUGAGAAUGGUUUUCAUUUUGUAAAGCGUUGUUAAAGAAAAAACAAGGUGAGGUGUCAACAGAGGAAAGAUACAGGCACACCUCGGAGGUACUACAGGCUUGGUUCCAGACACCACAGUGAAGCUAAGUGGCAAUACAGCCAGGGCUAUUUUGGGGUUUCUCGGUGUACAUGGGAGUGAUGGUUACCCUAUACGGUAGCCUAUGACUGUGCAAUAGCAUUAUGCCUAAAUGUAUGCACCUCAAUUCACACAGACGUGAAGUUUGAAAAAUAGCACCACUAGACUCGUUCCAAGCAGGGUUGCCACAAACUUUGCAAAAAAAAUGCAGUCUCUGCAAAGUGCAAUAAAGCAACGUGCAAUAAAGUGAAGUGUGCCUAUGUGUGGCAGCAGCCUCUUCCGAACAGGUGUUGCCAUUUGUGGACACAGAAAGAUGGGCAAAACAAUAGACAAACUUGACUCUUAAGUAUUUGUAAUAUUUUUCCUGAACCAGAAUUUCACUUACACUUCUCGAUUAUUUUCAAGAUUAGUUUUUUAACAACCCAGAUUAAGGUGUCCGUCCCCGAAUCUCCCCAGUCUAAAAAGUGCUGUUCAGGAGGACUCACCAUGUUGUGCGGAGAGUCUGCGGUCAGUCGGUCUCAUCCCCGUACUUUUCCGAGUGAUGGGCUGGGCUGAGGCAAGCAAGGGCGGAGCGGGCUUCUGGACAUUGACUCUGUAGAAUGAAGAUCUGCUAAGGGCUGGCCAGGAAAACAGUAAACUCAACACUUGUAAUAGAGAGCAAGAGAAACCGGGCUGGAGGAAGCCUGAAAAGCCUAACCCAGGUUGCGCCAUGUUCACCAUCGGCUGCGCCUGCGCCUGCGCUCUGGCCCGUUAGGCACCAGGUGCUGCCUUUUUAAGCCCCCAGAGGAUGUUCUCAGUUUUUGCAGUUUACUUAAGGACAUUACAGUAAACGUGCAAACACUGACUUACCCCAGUGGCUCUUGCACAUGUUUCCCCCUAGACUGCUGGCUGGGCAGAGCUUCCCAGCCUGGAGAAGCACAUUCUAAACUGGGGAGGCUGCCUGUGGUUCAGCCUGGCCGCCUGGAGGCCGAGAUGACUUGUUCCCUCACUGCCCACACCUGUGCCCACACCUGUGCGCUCAGGUGGGCACACCUAGGUUCACGUGGAUCUGCGUUCUAAACUCAGGCUUAGAAUAGUUUUCCUUGUAAGAAGCCUGUGCUACUUAGCAAGAAGCUGAAAAAACAGAUGUGUUUCCCACACGUAAAAAGACUUUAGAAUUUUGGUGGUAACGUGCAAUGCAGCAAAACUACCUAUAGGUCAGUUACUUAGUUAUUUCUGUUUCACGUUCUGUCUUGUUCCCUCUCAGUAAUGAAUGUUGUGGUCAGCCAAGGAGAAUCUUUGUCCUGUUAUCAAGAUUUUGGGAAUUACAAAAAUUAAAGAAGCAUCUUUAAAGGUUUUUUUUUUUUUUCAUUUGAUGUUUUCCAUUCAGAGUAAGAAUAAUGGGGGGGGGUUGUGUCAUCAUACUUUCUAUAUGUGGCAAACUCGUGUGGCUACACUUAUACACAGAUGAGUGUUAAGAAUCAAUAAAAUGAAAGUUCAUCCAGUGA